AUGGCCCCCCAGCCAGCCAACCCUCCAAGCGACAGCCGACUUUCCACGAGGAUGUCCAUCCGCUGGAUUCCCGAACCUGCGUCGGAAACCACCGAUACGAUCGUUAUGUCUGUCAAGGGCUGGUAUGUCGACCUGCGCGUUGACAAGAAAAGCAGUGCUAUCGAUUGGGCAAUUGCAGGGCAGCGGAUUGUGGACAGUGAAGAUUCCAGUCGAGUACAAUUCACCCACGAAAUUGACUCCCACAACUCCUUUGAUGUGGCCGACUGUGGAACCUUCACUACUCUGCCUAAUGGCGAUGAACUAGAAGUCGGGUCAAUGCCCCGUCCUGAUCGACCUGGCGCUCCAGUUUCCGACUACGAGGAAAUAUGGAGAGAAUUGCCAUUCAGGAAAGGCGCGGAGGGUCCUGGGAGCGGCGUAUCGUGGGUCCUUGAGUCGAAACAUACGAUCAAUGCCAAUGUGGGCGGUGAGGUUGAGGUGGCCAGAACAUUUCUGGCCAGGGUUUGGGGCACUUAUUUGGCAUUGCGCCAAACUCAGGUUCUUGUACUCUCGGAUCACUCCGGUACUAUCACUGUGAAGGAAGGGAGAGAAGUUAGUGCAAGACGGGAAGAAUGGGACACUACAGGAGGAUGGGGGGAAACAUACACAUUUCCCCACGCAAACGAAUUACCAUCAAUGAAAAGCCUCCAAAAAGAGGACACGGGGUCAUGGCGGACAGGAGCGACAGUAGUGGUUUCUGGAGAUGAAUAUACGGUUCGAUCAUUUGAAGAAGUUUUGUAA